AUGUCCGGACAGGAGCAGGGUGUCAUACGACAUGGUGUUCCGCCUCCCCCCUACAGCGAGAGGGAAACAGUCCCGGUGCAAUUCCAGAUUCGACGGAAACCGAUCAGCGUCGACAAACUUGGCAGCAAGAAAGACACUACUGUCUUGGGGCACGAUGGCAUACAUACAUUGGCAUCUAGUAAGGAUGAGGCAGAACACCUAGCAGACCCGAUUCGUACUCCGUAUAUACCACCUCACACCACAUCUCCGCCGCCUAUACGUACUGUAAUUACGGAUGGCGAACUGACCGCCAGUCCGUCGUCGACAUCGGGCAGCGCCAUUCCUUCUCAGCAAGAUACUACAAGCACCAGUCUGUCAUUCGUAAGCGACACAUCGCCAGCGACGGAGUCGGCAUCUGGGAGUUGGAAAAAAGCUGCUGCGGGACAUGCUCAAAAGGCAUUUCAGGAAGCAAGACAUUUUGUUGGGGGCUUGAUAGAGCAUCCCAGUGUCAGUAAUAAACACUACACCAUUUUACGACACUCUCAUGGCGUAGUAUUCUAUCAGGGAAGUAAUACAUUUCUUGCUAUCUCUAUAUUCGUGGACGAGCCAUUACCGAAGGACCGUACAAUAUGGAUGCAGUGUAAAGGCUGGUCUGGAAAGACAGGGAUGAAGGCAAAGGCACUGUUUGGCCUCAAUGAUAGCUGGCUCAAUGUUACGCCAACUCUGGCUAUUCAGCCGGAUCAGGUGAACCCCAAUGAUGAACGUGCCUGGCAGAGAGAUAUCAAACGGUUUCGGAAGAAGGCUUCUGGGACGCCUCUAGAACAUCAUGUGCUUCGAGAAACUGCCAUCAUUCGCGUCCCCGUCGAGACUGCCGACGGAUACUAUCAGCUAGUUCUGUGCCGCGGCGAUCAGAAGCGCAAAGUUCUCUGCACCAGUCCAGUAUUUCGAGUGAUCUCAACCUCAUCAGAUCCAUCAACUUUACGAGGGGCAAGUUUGAGCACAUUACCGAUUGAAUUAGGGCUGUGGAUAGGCGGACUUGCGUAUCAACCGCUUAUGCCGUCGGGAAAAACACAAUUUGCUCUUCAGACUGCAUAUAUGGCCAGUGGCUUGGAAGACCGCAUCGACACAAGUAUCGAGGAUGCCGGCGGUCGUUAUGAACAAAUGGAGACCGAAGCUUUCUCUCGGCUCGGUCCGACAGAUGUCAGCAUUGAGAACGGCCCAACCGCACCGUAUCCGGUCGACUUUGUCGCGAAGAUCGAUGUACAAGUCUCUACAUCCUCAUAUGAUCUGAACGGGCUGCCAAAGAAGAUUAACCUAAGGAGCGUUCCUGAGCGGAUUUUGCCACGGUUAGACGGCCAUUAUUUCGCUUGGUGCAAACUUCUCCAUACCACCAAACCAAAUACCAAUAUUGGCGACGAGAAGAAGAUUGAACCGGGGCAGCCUUGGCUGAAAUGUAUUAUUUCUGCCUCAAGCGUUGUCUUCGAAGAGUGGGUAUCCAAUGUGCGCUCGCGCAAAGCAUUGAAAAUCAUCACAUCCAUAAAAAUCAUUGAGGAUAUUGAUAUUCCGCCAACUACCCAGGUACAGAUACGUAUCAUGGGAUUCAUCCGUCCACCUAAACCAACCACUGCCCCGGUUAACCAUCCUAGUGGCGAAGGCGAAGGCGAACAGCAAAUGGUCCUAGAUAUCUGCGAUAUUGAACUUUCAUGUAGCACGCUGGACAACCCUACAUGGCAGCCUGACUAUAUACCCGGUUCUCUAAGUAGCCAUAGAUCUGUUGAUGGCAGUGAACCCGAGAAACAAGCUGGCCUUUGGGACAAAGCCAAAGAUGGAUAUGCUAAUGUGCGUCUCAAAGGCCAAACAAUGGUUGGACAGAUUCCAUUCCAUCGUGUGGGUAUUAGAACGCCGACGGAUGAACUCAAGGAUAAGAACCUCGCAGUUACUGGGUUUUAUAUACAGCGGUGA